AACAAGAAAUGGGGCACGAAGAAGAAGAGCAUCAUUCAGCAUCACCCCAAAAUAGUGGAAAUUUCAAGUUUCAGAAUGUUGCAAUGGCUUUAUUUAAAGUUUUCGACGGGCCAGUGACUUAUGUACGAGAGAAGGUGGUGUUACCUAUUCAGAGCAGGAACCAAACCAAGUAUUAUCACAGGCAUUUCAAUAGGGUCCCAACAGUGGACCAGUGUGAUGAAGAAGAUCCAGUUUGCAUCUAUGAAGCUGACCAGCAGUUCCACAGAGACAGGAUGGUUGACAGCGAUAUUGUCAGGAUUCUGAGGCAAAGAAAGAUUGAAUGCUAUGCGUGGGAAGGUCCUGAUAAAAAAUACAAAUGUCAACAGAUUGAUGAAGAUUAUAACCAGGCGCCUGUUAACUGGUUCAUCAAAUAUAGUGAUAUGAGAAGCGGGAAAGGUGCUUUAUAGGCCUACAUGAAACAGAAACAUAGACUUAUUUGGGAGAGAAGGAAUCCAGGUAAAAAAAAUUACACUGAAUAAAUAGUUCUAUUCAAGAUACUAGGUUUUAAAUAAAUGAACUAAUUAGAAUGUGUAUACUCGCUGUUGAUGUCAAGUCUAUGAAAACGUAGUUGAUUAAAAGAAAAAAUUGUGUUAACAGUUCAAUCUGAUUUGCCAAUAUUUUUAUUUUCAUUAUUGAUUCAACUGACCUAAAAAUAAGG